AUGUGCAAAAACAACCUAUUGAAAUAAGAAGUGAAAUAUUCCUUAAACUAUUUGAUCUGUCUCUUUUUUUUGGGAUUGGAAAUUGAACUUCAGAAUGAUCUAAAUGUUAUUCAAAUUCUUUCCAUAAUCAUUAUUGUUAUUUCAAUUGCUUUUAGAGUACUCUAUUCAAUUUAGAAAAUUUCAUGGAAAAUAGGUAUGUUAUAUUCAUAUAUUAAGAUAUCUCUCCCAUCUUCUUUUGGUUACUAACAUUAGCAAGAAUUAAUAGUGCAAAUAAUUUAAAAUAAGAGUCACAUUCCUUUCUUUUUUAUACUCUAGGCUUUAUGAAUGGUCAAUAUAAUAACACAUUUAGUAUAUAGAAUGAAAAUCCCAUAAUAUUUAAAGGCAAAAUAUGUGUUCAAAUUAUAAUUUUUGUUACUUGCUUAUCUCUUACUAAUUAAAUUAAACUUGGGAUUAUAUUUGUAUUAAUAAUUUUAUGUAUCAUGAUUGGAUUAAAUGAAAUUUUUUAUAGAUAAGUAUAGAGUGAAUUUGAAAUUUAAGUUAAAGAAAAUAAAUAAAACAGACUCUUUAAUGAACUAUCAUUUCAAUAAAUUUUAAAAUCUUAAACAAAACCUUCAAAUGAAGAAUAAAUAUUUAUAAAACAUUCAAGAGGUUGUCCUCUUGAAUCCAUUGCUGAAGAUGAAGAGUUACCUGAAUCUAAAUAAAAAUAACAGAAUGCUUCAAACUCAACAAAAUCAUCUCUUUGGGGUAAUUUUGUAUUCUAAUGCGAUGAUUACAUAAUUAAAUUUUCAUUUAAUGCUUAUUAAAAUAAUUCUCUUUUAUAAAACUCUGUUAGCAAUUAUUCAUUUAGUAAAUUCCUUUAAGAUAAUAAUAUCACAUUUGUAGAUUUUUUAUCAGAAAUGAAGGUUUUUAAUGAUAUUCAUUGGACUUAAUUUGAUAUACAAAGUCCAGAAUUUAAGAAAUAACAAAGUCUUUAUGAUUGGUUAUAAUAUCAUUUAGAAUAGUAUAAAAUGAUUGAAUAACUUCAAUCAAAGAAAUCUUUUAAAUAAUUAGAAGGAGUAGAUCCUUUAUAACUAAGUAAUCUUUCCAAUCAAAAAUCUUUAUUGAUGGAUCUUAUUAUGGAGAAAUCUAUUAUGGGAUUAUCAUCUAUUCCAUAUUAAUAAAGUUCAUCAGAAGCAAUAAAUCUUAGAAAUAAUAAAAUGAAUCUAUUUGGAAGAAUAAAAACAAAUAAAAUUUUAUGUGAUUUAUAAAUCAAAUUUUAUAUUUUUGAAGAAGUAUAAAAUAUAUUUAAAUUAAUUAGGAAUCUGAUGGUUUGGCCAUAGUAUUUUUGAUGAGAGAUAUUGAUAAAUUAGUAUAAUCAAUAAAAUAGAAUGUUAAAAAUAUUGAAUUAUUAGAUAUUGCUACAAAGUUUAUAUAGAAUUAAGCUUGUAAAAUAACUGAUAUUCAUAAAUGGAUUCGUGAAAUAAAGAGUCCAUCUAGUUUAAUUGAAACAGAUUAAUUGAGUCGAUUGGGUACUUCAGUUCGAAAAAGAACUUAUUCAUUAAGUUCUAAUAUAAAUAGUGUUGAGGAAGGAUAAUCAGAUAUAUCUGAGAAAGUUUAGAUACGUAAGUCAAAUCAUUUAUAGUAAUUCUUAUCAAAAUUGUAAUUUGAUUUCUUUUAAGUUGAAUAAGAUAAUUUUAAUUUUGUUGAAGUAUUUUAAUAAACAGAAAAGAUUUUGUUCGAUAGAAAAAAGAUAGAUAUAUCAUAAACAGUUCAUUUAUUAUUUGAUCAAUUUUAACAUAAUCAUAUACUUAUCAAAUAUGGAGUUAAGUUGAUGUUGAUUGACAAUAAUCUAUAUGAUAAAAAUAUAAUUACAGAUGCAAGGUUAAAUAUAAAUUUAUUUAUUUUAGAAAAUUUAAAUAAUUAUUGAUUAAUUUAAUUAAUAACUCUAUUUAAGCAUAUUAAUAUGAAUAAUAUUUGUAAUAGCCAAAUGAAAUUGAAAUUAGUGUAUGGAAUUAUUAUGAAGAUAUUCAUUUUACUAUAACAGAUUAUGGUUGUGGACUUACUUAAAAUUAAUUAAAUCAAUCAAGAUUGUAAGAGUGUAAAUUAGGUUUGGCAGCAUCUUAAAGAUUAUUGUAUUAAUUAAGUGGUGGAAAAAGGUAAUUAACUAUAUAAUGUAUGAAUUAAAAAACAAAUACAUCCUUUUAAUUGCCAAGAAUUUUAAUGGAAGAUAAAAUUAUAUAAAACAAUGAAUUUGAUUAUGAAUAUAUUAAAUUUAUUAAUUCUUGA